CAUUUGCAUUCAGUUGCUUGACUGGUGCAGGAGCUUCAAGCUGUAUUCAGGAGCAGCGAGUCUCCUGCUGGGGGUUACAGCUGUGCCGUACACUGUGUGAUUGCAAUGAUUGGCCUAUGCUCCCAGCCAGGUCCUGAAAGAUCACAGGAGGUCAUGAAGAUCUGAAGAUUCUUUUCUCCUUGCGCUGCCUACAGUGUGUCUUAUCCCUGUAUACUGUAGAUAUUUUUGCAGUGGUGUAGACGUGGGAGCCAACCUCACAGAAGAUUAAAAAGAGAACGAGGAGGUACUGUGAUAUCAAGAUGCCCAUGGUAAUGGUGGCAGCGUGGCUAGUGUCGGUAUUUUUCGGUUACCAGGUUGCAGGAGCAGAGCAAGCCCAAGGAGCUUACUUUUUGCCAGAGUUUGCACUUUCCCCACAAGGAAGUUUUCUAGAAGACACAACGGGAGAGCAGUUCCUUACGUAUCGGUUUGAUGAUCAGACAUCUCGAAGUACCCGUUCAGAAGAUAAUAAGGACAACGGCUGGGAUGCAUGGGGAUCUUGGAGUGACUGUUCCCGUACUUGUGGUGGAGGAGCCUCUUACUCUUUACGGAGAUGUCUGAAUGGCAGGAGUUGUGAAGGUCGAAAUAUUCGCUACAAGACAUGCAGCAAUAAUGAUUGUCCUUCUGAUGUUGGGGACUUCAGGGCACAACAGUGUUCAGCUCACAAUGAUGUAAAGUACCAAGGACAGUUUUAUGAGUGGCAUCCGGUGUAUAAUGAUGUCACUGCGCCCUGUGCUCUAAAGUGCCAAGCUGUUGGCAAGAACUUGGUAGUGGAACUCGCUCCUAAAGUCCUUGAUGGUACCCGUUGUAACACAGACUCCUCAGAUAUGUGCAUCAGUGGGAUUUGCCAGGCAGUGGGAUGUGAUCGGCAGCUUGGGAGCAACGCCAAGGAAGACAAUUGUGGAGUAUGUGCUGGAGAUGGUUCUACAUGCAGGCUGGUGAGGGGACAGUCAAAAUUCCACGUCACCCCAGAAAAAAGAGAAGAAACUGUGAUUGCUGUACCUCAUGGGAGCAGAAGCGUGAGAAUUACAGUAAAGGGACCAGAUCACGUUUUUAUUGAAUCGAAAACCUUGCAGGGGGACACUGGUGAACACAGCUUCAGUACGCCUGGAAGUUACAUUGUAGAAAACACAACCGUUGAAUUUCAGAAGGGUCCCGAAAGGGAAAUAGUAAAGAUUCCAGGUCCACUGCGGGCAGAUUUUAUAAUGAAGAUCAGGUACGUCUCUCCUAAAGACAGCGUGGUGCAAUUCUUUUUCUACCAACCCAUUAGUCAUCAGUGGAGACAGACUGACUUCUUUCCAUGUACAGUAACCUGCGGGGGAGGAUACCAGUUGAAUUCAGCCGAAUGUAUUGACAUUCGAUUAAACCGCACUGUUCCUGACCAUUACUGUCAUUAUUAUCCUGAAAACAAGAAGCCAAAGCCCAAACUGAAGGAAUGUAGCAUGGAUCCCUGUCCUUCCAGCGACGGAUUUAAGGAAAUUAUGCCCUACGACCAUUUCCAGCCUCUCCCACGUUGGGAACACAAUCCCUGGACAGCGUGCUCUGUUUCCUGUGGCGGAGGCAUUCAGAGGAGGAGUAUUGUGUGUGUGGAGGAGACAAUGCACGGGGAGCUCCUGCAGGUGGAGGAGUGGAAAUGCAUGUAUGCUCCUAAGCCCACCAUUAUGCAGACUUGCAACCUCUUCGACUGUCCAAAAUGGAUGGCCAUGGAGUGGUCACAGUGCACAGUGACAUGUGGUCGAGGCUUGCGCUACAGAGUGGUGUUGUGUAAUGACCAUCGGGGACAGCAUACAGGCGGAUGUAACCCGCAGCUUAAACCACACAUAAAGGAAGAAUGUGUUGUUCCAGUGCCAUGUUUAAAACCAAGGGAAAAAUUCCCAGUGGAAGCUAAGCAUCCUUGGCUCAAGCAAGCACAGGAGCUGGAGGAAACAAGAACAGCAUCAGAUCAGCCAACGUUCAUUCCAGAAGCCUGGUCUCCUUGUAGUGCUACUUGUGGUCGCGGUGUACAAGUUCGGGAGGUAAAAUGCCGUAUCCUUCUGACGUUUACUCAGACCGAACUGGAUCUGCCAGACGAAGAAUGCGAGGACGAUAAACCAACUACAGAAAGACCUUGCAAUGUGCAUCCCUGUGCGGGAGAAUAUGUGGACCAAGCUCCAGAACUUCCAUCUGAAAAUGUGGAAUCCACCGGGAUCUACGACUGGGAAUAUAUUGGUUUCACAUCCUGUUCUAGCACUUGCUCUGGUGGAAGGCAAGAAGCAAUAGCCGUAUGCCUUAAUGUCCAGACAAAGCAAACUGUCAACAAUACCCUCUGUGAUAGCUCCAUGCGUCCACCGGCAAUGACGAGAGUCUGCAACUCCAAACUGUGUCCACCGAGGUGGAAGACUGGUUUGUGGGGUCCAUGCUCGGCCACCUGCGGAGUUGGGAUACAAACUAGAGAUGUGCAGUGUUCCGGUCUAACAGAGUCUUCUAAUAAUCCGGAACAGGAAUGUACUGAUACCAUGCCUACCGCCAUUCAGGCCUGUAACCAGAUAGACUGCCCACCAGCAUGGCAUGCAGAGGACUGGCAACCGUGUUUACGAACAUGUGGAGGUGGUGUCCAGAACCGCAGAGUGAGCUGUAAACAGCUGUUGGCAGAUGGGAGCUUUAUGAAGCUUUCAGAGGAGCUUUGCCAGAUGCCCAAACCAACUAGUCAUAAGCCAUGUGGAAAGACAGACUGUGCCCCGCAGCUCAUUGUAGGAGAGUGGUCCAAGUGCUCGGUAAGAUGUGGUGUUGGAAUCCAGAGACGGAAGGUAGCAUGUCACAAGAUAACAGUCAAUGGCCAACAGGUCCUUCUCAAUGUAUCAUUCUGUCAUGGACUCCCUGCGCAUGCACUCAUUAGAUCAUGCCACAUGACUUCCUGCCAGAGAAGUAAACAACAUCCAACAAAACAAGAAACUCCGGAAAUCCUCAGCAUUCGCCGCGUUUACAUUCAGACAAGACAAGAAAAGCGCAUAAAUUUUACUAUUGGGAGCAGAGCUUAUUUGCUUCCCAAAACAUCAGUAGUAAUCAAGUGUCCGGUGCGAAAAUUCCAAAAGUCACUUAUUAAAUGGGAAAAAGAUGGACAGCCCUUGAGACCUUCAAAGAAGCUCGGCAUAACAAAAUCUGGCUCAUUAAAGAUACACAACUUAGAGGUUCAGGAUAUUGGAGUUUACAAGUGUAUUGCUGGUCCUGCUUAUGAAACCUUUGUUCUUAAACUCAUUGGUACUAAUAACAGACUUCUAGAGCCUCCACAUUUUGAAAAAGAUCUUAAUGAACCAAACCGAUUAGGAGCAAAAUGGUACAAAAUGAGUAAGAUGUGGGAGUCCUGGAAUAAGAAAAACAAUUUAUAUAUGGAAGAUAGUCAUGUCCGGGAUGACAUGGUUCUAAGAAAUCUUGAAACUCUUGUGACAAAUUCUGCUGAAAUGUAUGGAUCCCAAGAAUUUAGAGAUAAGAGGCUGGAAGCAGCUGUCCUGCAGGGCGCUUAUAGCAUGGACACUGUCCAGUUUGAGGCUCUUGUGAAGAACAUGAGUCAACUUAUUGAAGCUGGAGAGAUAAGUGAUGACUUUGCAAGCCAAAUAAUAUCCCACGUAGUGAUGGAAUUAUCGAAGCCUCAUUCUCCGGUGGAAAAAUGGAAGACAUCCAGUGAAGAUAAUGUGUCAGAUCUCAAGCUUGUUGCCAAAGAGCCAAAUACCUCUGAGCAUUUCAAUGGUAAAGUCUCCGAAAAGAACGAAAACAAGCAACGGUUACUGAUUACUCGCAAGCCAAAACAUGGUCACAUAUUGUCUUCUAAUAGAACUUUACAUUUAAUUAUUGGGAAUAGUGCCUUAAUCACCAACAACACACUUUUUAUUAUCAUUCAUUGUGAGGUGGAUGGAGAUUCCAAGACAAAAUUUACUUGGACCAAAAAUGGUGAAGCAUUGAUGUUAUCUGACAAGAUUUUCCUGGAAAACGGUGGGAAGCUACAUAUACGCAGUCCAAGUAUUAAAGAUAUGGGUUCUUACGAAUGCGCAAUAUUUGAUGAUCGUGGCUCUGAUGUGGAAACAUCCAAUCUGUUUUACGCAGAACAGCCUGUCAUCCAAGCCUCCAGAACAAAUGUCAGCAAGUUAGAUGGCAGCAGUAUCUUCUCAAUUGUGGGUGGUACUGUGACUACGAGACCAGGGGGUAAUGUGAUGCUGGCAUGUCCCACAACCGGCUUACCUCGUCCAAAGAUUACUUGGUUGAAGAAAGAAUACCCCAUGGCAAAUAAUUCAUAUGUGUAUGCCAAUGGUUCUCUGCUACUCACAAAUGCAUCAACUGAAAACCAAGGAACGUACAUCUGCAUAGCAACAAACGCUGUUGGAAAAACAGUAGCAGCCUCCUUUCUUCACUUAUCUGAUCAAAAGCUAGAAGACUCUUAUGGUGACCAGUCCAAUGGGAAAGUAAAGGCACGGUUUGUAAUGGCAUCUACUAGAGGAGCAACUGUCAUGGGACAAUCUGGUGACCUGAUUCGCCUAGGUUGCCCUGUGCAGACAAACAAUCCGUCAACCAUUCACUGGUUUCUUAAAAAACAACCAAUGGAAGGAAUUAAAGGCUUAAAAUACAGGCUACUGGUAUCUGGUCGAGUGUUAGAAAUCAAACCCUUAUCAGAGGAAUAUGCAGGAGAGUACAGAUGUUGGACUUCAAACAAUUCAAGAACAAUAUCUGCAUGGGUUAACCUUACUCUUGAAGUCUACAGUCUAAAAUAUGGAGAGUGGGCGCCUUGCACAGCUUCAUGUGGAAAUGCUGGUAUCCAGUUCAGAUCUCAACAUUGUGUAAGUGCCGAAGGGUACAGAGUCAACUUCUCACUGUGUUCACAUCUGGAGCCACUGAUGAACACCUCUCAACCAUGCAACAUACAAGACUGUCCAGCAAGAUGGUUUGCUGGUUCGUGGUCUGACUGUCCUGCAUCUUGCGGCACAGGGUUCCAUCAGAGACAUGUAACUUGCCAACAAACAAAGUCGGAUGGCGUUAUCAAAACUCUACCCUUGCAUUUAUGUGGAUACACUAGUCGCCCGGCGGCACGGAAGCCAUGUUCCUCUGAGGCUUGCAUGGAGUGGAAAGCUCAUUCUUGGGGGCAGUGUUUAAAUCGUUGUGUCGGUCAAGGAAUGGGUUUACAAAAUCGCCACAUAGUGUGUCAGCACCAGAAUGGAAGCACCGUGCCAGAUACUUACUGUGACAGGAGGAAGAGGCCAGCUGCCAGGAGAAAUUGUCCUUCAGAGAUGUGCGAUGUGUAUUGGAGGACAGGUCCUUGGCGAUCUUGCACAGCAGCCUGUGGAAAUGGCUUUCAGUCUCGCCGCGUAGACUGCAUACAUCGGAAAAAUGGCAAGGCUGUGGCUGACCAAUAUUGCGUGUGGAAACGAAGGCCUACAACUUGGCAGCACUGCAAUAUUACAUCCUGUGGAAAAGGAGAAUGCAAGGACACAACUCACUACUGUACUUUUGUAAAACAACUUAAGUUAUGCUUAGUAGAUCUCUACAAACAGAGGUGUUGUGAAUCAUGUAAAGGAGCAGAUCUUUCGUGAAUAAAGCGUGCUCUGCAGGAAACGAAGAGAUGGGAAGAAUCCUUCUAAUUUGUAUAAAACUUGUACAUUAUGGAAGAUAAACACUUCCUGGUCUACUUAAUGGAAAUUCAUUGGAUGCUUCCAAAAACAUAGUAUUUCCAUGGAUGGUUCUUUCAAUUAUUUCUUAGGCUGAAGACAAUUAAAACUGUCUCUGUUGUCAGUCAUGAUCAUUCUGAAAGAGUUCCCAACAAAGACGCCAUGUUGUUUAUGCUUAGAGAUAUAAACCUGAAUUUUGACUGGAAAAAAAAAAGAAUAAGUAAAUUUGAAGGGAAAGCUUGAUCUGAAGUCAAGGUCUAAAAAAAAUAAAAUAUUUUUUUUGUUUUUUU